AUGGUCCAAAUUAUCAAAGAUGAGAACGAUUUGAUCGUCCAGCUAGCGAGUGCAGCUGAUCCAAAACUUGUGAUCAUAUUCUUCACGAAUUCUCAGGUUCCAGCCUGUAAAGAGGUCGCCCCUAUUGCCGAGAAACUGAGUGUGGAGUUUGAGAGCGAGGUCGUUAUUCUCGCUGUCGACGCGGCAAAAUCCGACGAGGAGGGGACUGAGAACGUCGGGGUUAAAUGGGGUGUUGAGGGCGUGCCUACCUUUGCUUUUGUUAAGGAUCAUCAGAUUGUUGAGAAGGUUACUGGGGAUGUCGACACUAUUGAAGCUGGUGUUAGGGAUACUAUUGCGAAGUUGCUGUAG